AUGUCCCAAAAUACCUUCACCUUGCCUAUUCUUGGGCCACGCAACAGAGCCGCGCCCACGCACGAUGCCGAUGCCGAUACCGAUGCCGAGGCCUCAGACAUUCCAGACGCCGAGACCACUGCCAGUACUCCGACAGUCAAGGCUCCAGCCACCGAGACUCCAGCCGAGACCAGCCCUCCGAACAAGGAAAGCGUCACAGAUCCGACCCUCCUUUCGGCGUGCAAGUGCCGAUCGAUGAAAUCUCUCCUCCGAUCAUUCGAUGCAAAAUUGAAGAGGACGAACAAACGCGCCUGGAAAGCUGUUCACCCAAAAUACGAAAAGGAUACAGGUAAACUGGUCUUCUUCCUCCAGAAGACAGUGGCGUCAAAGAGCCAGGCCUACUGGGAGGUGUCACAGUGGUCUCGGUCCGGGUCAUACUCGUCGUGGUUUCACCGCAACAUCGCCUCGGGACAGAACAGCGGGGGCAGUGUCAAGAUCGAGAUCCAUGUCACGUGGGGCCAGCAGCAGCGUCCGAAAGAGAACAAGGAAAUGACAAACAGACAGAUCGCCAGGCUGCCGCUCAAGAGGUUGGAAUACUCCUUCCAGGAGACCGACCUCGUCAAGAAGACGGCGAGGGGGAAGAAGUGGGCUCCUGGCACUUCGUAUUGGUUCAAGGGGCAGACGGACACCGAGGCCAAUGACCUGGACGACAGUGAUGAGGAGGACGAGGAUAAGGAGAUGAAGGAGGUGGUGAAGGAGGAAGAAGAGGAAGGAGAUGCCAUGGAGAUCGAUGGCUGA